AUGAGCACAAAGGCCAGCGACAUCGCGGAUGAGUUCCACUGCAACAACAGCUUCAGCGACCGUGUCAUAGACAGCAAGAUGCCCACCGUCCACCGCCAGCACGAGAUAUCCCGCAAAGAGUCCGAGGACGAGUCCCGCUUACCGGCGCUGGAGGCCGCCUACACCGACAUCCUCAGGCAUCUCGGGGAGGACACUGACCGGGAGGGAUUGCUCCGCACCCCGCUGCGCGCCGCCAAAGCUAUCCAGUUCCUCACUAAGGGCUACCAUGAGACCGUCGAUGACAUCUUAAAUAAUGCCAUAUUUGAUGAAGACCACGAUGAGAUGGUGAUUGUGAAAGACAUAGACAUGUUUUCACUGUGCGAACACCACAUGGUGCCCUUUUUUGGCAAGGUUCACAUUGGGUAUAUUCCUAACAAAAAAGUGGUGGGACUGAGCAAGCUGGCAAGGAUUGUGGAGAUCUUCAGCCGUAGGCUUCAAGUUCAAGAGCGCCUGACCAAGCAGAUUGCCAUCGGAAUAUCCGAGGCUCUGCAGCCAAAAGGCGUAGCUGUGGUUAUUGAAGCAGCGCACAUGUGUAUGGUGAUGCGUGGCGUCCAGAAGAUGAACAGCCGCACGGUGACGAGCACCAUGCUGGGAGUUUACCUCGAGGACCCCAAAACUCGGGAGGAGUUUCUUUAUCUUUCACAGCGUGCCUAACAGCUAUCAGAUACCAUUCACUCCCAAGCCACUGUACACAGUUGCACACAAAAGGGUCUAAAGUAACAGAUCUGCAUCUGACUACUGCAGGUGCAGGACUUUCACCUCUUGAACUAACCUCAAUACACUGAAGCCAGAAAGAUUUCAGGACUGCAGCUGAUGGUCUGUUGUCGAGAUCACUGUGCAACAGACUUAUAUUCAUGGUGCCUUUAGAGGAUAUUUUACAGUCUUAAAUGGCAAUAUAUUGUUAUUAUAAAGUAUAAACCUUCAGUGCAAUAUUGUAAUGUGACAGUUCUUAAUUUUUUUUUCCUGAUGGGAAAUUCACUGGUGCUUUUGCAAAGUUAUUGCAUUUAGAAUCCACUGGUUUUACUAAUUUAACAAAACCUGUGUCAUUUAUAAAUACAUUUAUAAAGUCUUUGCAUUAUAAGACAUUUUAAGGUACAAAUCCAAUUAUUAUAGCUGCAAUUCAAAUGUGUAGAGCUGAUAGAUGUAAUGAGUACAUGUUUGUUUUGAUCAGGGGCCACUGUGACACAUUCUGGAUCGUCAAAAGCAACAUUAUGAAAGUUUCCGGUCUGACGUUUUGGUAAUGUCAAAAAGAAAUAAAAGCUCAAAGACGACUACUGAAUUUGAAUGA